AUGGCGGAAAAGAAGCCCAAUAUCUUGUACAUCAUGGCCGACCAGAUGGCGGCUCCCUUGUUGUCUCUGCAUGACAAGAACUCUCCCAUCAAGACUCCCAAUCUUGACCGGUUGGCAAGCGAAGGUGUCGUUUUCGACUCGGCCUAUUGCAAUGCUCCCCUGUGCGCUCCUUCGCGCUUCGUGAUGGUUAGCGGCCAGCUGCCCUCGAAAAUUGGCGCUUACGACAACGCAGCGGAUCUGCCGGCCGAUGUACCCACCUAUGCCCACUACUUGCGGCGCGAGGGUUAUCACACGGCUCUUGCCGGAAAGAUGCAUUUCUGCGGGCCAGACCAGCUGCAUGGAUAUGAGCAGCGUCUUACCAGCGAUAUUUACCCCGGUGACUACGGCUGGUCCGUGAAUUGGGACGAGCCCGAGGUUCGUCUGGAUUUCUAUCACAACAUGUCCUCGGUCAUGGAGGCCGGUCCUGUUGUCCGCACCAACCAGCUUGACUUUGACGAAGAGGUUAUCUACAAGUCGGAGCAGUACCUGUACGACCACGUGCGUUCUCGCACCGAUCAGCCAUUCUGUCUGACCGUGUCCAUGACCCACCCCCACGACCCAUAUGCCAUGACCAAGGAAUUCUGGGAUAUGUACGAAGAUGUGGACAUCCCCAUGCCCAAGAAUGGCCCUAUUCCACACGAUCAGCAGGAUGCUCAUUCUCAGCGUGUGCUGCAGUGCAUUGACCUUUGGGGUAAGGAACUGCCUGAAGAAAAUAUUAAGAAUGCUCGCCGUGCAUACUACGCCGCCUGCACAUACGUCGACACCAACAUCGGCAAGCUGCUGAAGGUGCUGAAGAACACCGGUCUGGAUGAGAACACGAUCAUCGUGUUCAGCGGUGACCACGGGGACAUGCUCGGCGAGCGCGGCCUAUGGUAUAAGAUGACUUGGUUCGAGAACUCGGCUCGUGUGCCUAUGCUCGUCCACGCUCCUAAGCGUUUCUCGCCCAAGCGCGUCUCGGAGAAUGUGUCCACCAUGGAUCUCCUGCCCACCUUUGCGGAAAUGGUCGGUGCUCCGCUCAUCAAGGAAUUGCCUCUUGACGGUGUUUCCCUCAUGCCCUAUCUGACCGGUGGCGAAGGUCUUCGCACUGAUACCGUUUACGGCGAGUAUAUGGGUGAAGGUACCCAGGCCCCGUUGGUUAUGAUCCGUCGCGGCCGCUGGAAGUUCAUUUACUCGGUCAUCGACCCGCCCAUGCUGUUCGACCUGGUCGCCGAUCCCGAGGAGCAGGUUAACCUGGUGGCCGGUCUUCCCAUCCCAUCUACUACCCGUGGAUUCAUCGCCGCCAAGUCACCGAACACAGCUUUGUCCCUGCAGAUAAACCUGCCCACUCCCAAUGACACACCUCGCGCCUCGCCCAUCCCGCAGCGCGCCAGCGAGAAGAACUCUUACCCUUUCCCGACUCUGACUCCACCCCGCAGCCCGAGCCCGAGCCGCGUCCCUCCCGCCUUGCCCGAGACCAUGGAUCCAGUCAAGCUGCUCGCCUGGUUCAUGGAGGAAACUCACAACCGCUGGGACCUCGAGAAGAUCCGUCAGGACGUCCUGCAUUCUCAGCGCCGUCGUCGUCUGGUCUACUCCGCUCUGAUUCAGGGUACUCAGCAGAGCUGGGAUUGGGAGCCUCGCGUAGACGCAAGCACCCAAUACGUGCGCAACCAAGGCAAGGGUAUUCUCGAUGAUGUUGAGCUCAUCUCGCGAUGGCCCCGCGUCCUAUCUCAAGCCGCCCAAUCCCACGGCAUCAAGAUCUAG